CUGCCGGGUGGUACGCACGCGUCUCUGUCUUCUCGUUGCGAUAUAAGUGUGAAAAGUUUCAAUCUGUGCUCGUCAACAUAAAUGAAGAAACAAUGACAAUGGACGUUCAAAAUAAUUUUCAAAAUUAUAAAGAAGCGUCGCCGGACACUAAAGCGAGUAACUUGAGCAUUGAAAGUGCGAGAACUUCUCAGCUACAGAAAACAGAUAUGCUCUCCACCGUUGGAAAUACAGGAAAAGCAUCAAAAAGAUCCUUCGAUGUGGCAUUUCUUAUGAUGCCGGACGAGAAACUUCGAUCGAAGCAACCAGAAAGACAACUUAGGGUGUCCAAACAAUUAUUUAACAGCGAAGAAUGGGAGCAACAGAAUAAAAGGAUUCCUGAAAUAUACAAACACAGUGAGUAUUCAAACGAAAAUACAAUGGACUCCAAAGAUCACGACGAGGAUAGGAUCCGAGUGAAUAACAACAUAUCUCCGGGUUUUGGAUCCGAUAUUAACAUUGACGUUGGAACUGAUGAAUAUCCAAGCAAAUCCAUGUACUGUAGUGACUCAGAAAACUCAGAUAAAUCAAGAAGCCGUCCUAACUCAAACGAAAGUGCUGCUAGACAUCCCAAAUUUCUUCCCGAAUACAAAAAUAAAAUUUUCGAUGAUCCAACUUUAAUCAGCAUGCAGUCAAGAGCGAGAUAUGAAAAUAGGUACGCAGAUAAAUUACCGGAUAUGUCCCCGAAAAGUGCUUUUACAAAAGUGGCUAACUACGCUCUCCGAUCUCCGAAUCCGUCUGUGAGUCCCGAUAAUUUGCUGUAUCAAAAUUCAGUAAGCCCUCCGUUGGCGGCCGCUAGCCCACCAACAAAUUCUUUUAACAAAAGCGCAGGAUUUAAUAAUCUACUGUCAUCAAAUCAUCUACUCAACGGCAGUAAUUUCUUUAAAAGUCAAAAUGUGCCAUUAUCGUCUCCCAGUUAUCCGGAACCCAACUCGUUGCAGCAGAGGAAUAAUUUCAACAAAAUCAUCGAUUAUCAGGAAAAGUCAGACCCAAAAACGCCGCUGAUGUCACCGAAUAAAUUAAACUUUCUCCCGUUUCGACCGGAUAUACCGUAUCUUCAAGCCGGUGCGUCAAACCCAUUCGGAGUGCAAAAUUUCCAAUCGCCCAAUCCCGAUUUUAUGAAGUUUCCCGUGCAACCGCGAGAACCUGUGACCCCGCUUAUAACAAAUCCUGCUGCGGCUAUAUUAAGUACACUGUUACCACCAACUCUUGCUGCUUUUUCAUUGCCAGCUCAGAACGUUUGUGCCAAAUGCAGUGUGAGCUUUAGGAUGACCUCAGACUUAGUGUAUCAUAUGCGCACCCAUCAUAAGAGUGAAUCGACCGCAGACCCUAAUAGGAGAAAGAGGGAGGAGAAACUAAAAUGUCCAGUCUGCAACGAAAGCUUCAGGGAGCGGCACCAUUUAACACGACACAUGACAGCUCAUCAGGAUAAAGAAGGGGACAUGGACGACGUGUCCCCAACGCAAAAUUUCAAUAAGAAAAGCAAGCAAUAUUAUCCCCACAGCGGGAACCCGCUCAUCCACAAAUGAAUUGUUUAUGCAAAUACUUAUCUAAAUGUUUAUGGACUUACGAUAGUAAAAUUUACGACUGUGUCUAAUUGAGAACCCAUUCCUGUUUCGAGUUUGGUUGAUAUUGUUGUUAAUUAAGUAUAAUCUUUAUGUGCAAUAUUAAUUGUUAAGUAUUUAUUUUGUAAAUAAAAUAUUAUAAUAUCAGUAGCAGACGAUAAAU